CCGAGCUCAGAGGCGGUGUAACCAACCCAACAAAUUACUGGCAUAUAUGUUCAUUAAAGCCCCGACGAACCGCUCCGAGAGGUUGCACACAUCCCAAAGUUUUCUAGAUCAUGGACCCAAACAGCAGUGGUAUUUCUCAGAGGUUGGCUGAGGCAGGUCAGUCUCACCUCCUGCAAUUCUGGGAUGUGCUGAGCCCUGAUGAGAAGGCAGAGUUGACUCUUGACCUUCAAGGAAUGGACUUUAAAGAGAUAAAUGGCUUUUUUAAAAGUGCCAUGAAGAUGUCCAGCAACAGCAAGGAUGAGAAGAUGGAUGCACGGAUGGAGCCUGUUCCGCGGGAUGUUCUGGGGAGUGUGACCAGAGACCGGGACAGCCUUCGAGAAUGGGAGGCGGCAGGUUUACUGUGCAUCUCUCAGAACAAAGUUGCUGCGCUGCUGCUGGCUGGAGGCCAGGGGACCCGGCUGGGAGUCUCUUACCCCAAAGGCAUGUACGACGUUGGGCUGCCAUCCCACAAAACACUUUUUCAGAUCCAGGCCGAGCGCAUUUUAAAGUUGCAGGAGCUGGCUGAGAAAAAGCACAAGACAAAGUGCAGUAUACCAUGGUAUAUCAUGACCAGUGGCAGGACAAUGGAGUCUACGAAAGAGUUCUUCUCACAUCAUAAUUACUUUGGCUUGGACCAGAAAAAUGUCGUCUUCUUUCAGCAGGGCAUGUUACCUGCCAUGGACUAUAAUGGCAAAAUUAUCCUCGAAAACAAAGGCAAACUCUCCAUGGCCCCUGAUGGGAACGGAGGACUCUACCGAGCUCUGGGAGGACAGGGCAUCCUUGAGGACAUGCAGCAGAGGGGCAUUGAGUGCAUUCAUGUCUACUGUGUGGACAAUAUACUUGUUAAAGUAGCAGACCCCUCCUUUAUUGGUUUCUGUGUGCAGAAAAGAGCAUACUGUGGAGCAAAGGUGGUAGAGAAGACUAACCCCACAGAGGCGGUGGGAGUGGUGUGUAAAGUGGACGGGCAUUAUCAGGUGGUGGAGUACAGCGAGAUCACUUUGGCCACGGCAGAAAAACGCAGCUCUGAUGGACGACUCAUGUUCAACGCUGGAAAUGUGGCCAACCACUUUUUCAGCUUCUCCUUCCUUAAAGACAUUGUUGAGAAGUAUGAACCCAAGUUGCAGCACCAUGUAGCACAGAAGAAAAUCCCAUAUGUGAAUGAGAAGGGUCAAAUGAUCAAACCGGACAAGCCAAAUGGGAUCAAAAUGGAGAAGUUUGUCUUUGAUAUCUUCCAGUUUGCCAACAAAUUUGUAGUCUACGAAGUGUUAAGAGAGGACGAGUUCUCCCCCCUGAAGAAUGCAGACAGUCAGGAUGGUAAAGACACGCCCACCACGGCUCGACAUGCCCUCAUGUCCCUGCACCACCGCUGGGUCCUUAAUGCGGGGGGACAUUUUAUCGAUGAGAAUGGCAGACGUGUCCCAGCAAUCCCCAGAGACGACGAAGCAGGCAGUGUCACUCUCGCUGUCAACAGAAACCUGAAGGACGGCACUGAUCUGCCAAUCAAGUGUGAGAUCUCCCCUCUGGUGUCCUAUGGAGGAGAGGGUCUUGAAGAUUUGGUGAGGGGGAAAGAGUUCCACCCCACACUCAUGAUUGACGAGAGUGGUGUGCACGAACUGGUGAAGAACGGAGUUUAAAAAUGCAUCAUCGCACUGGGACAAACUGUGAUCUCAACUUUGACUGUGCAAUAACACUGUCGAAUGCAUGUGUUUUGAACAAAUCUGAAUUAGCAAAAUGAAGUUUACAUGAAGUUUGUCAGCUUUUUAUGUUCAUACAUCCAGCAGUAUGGAGCACUUCCUCAGGUGCAUCUAUUUAUUUUGCCUAUAAAGUUAUUUUUUUAUUGCUAGUUGCUUUAUAGGUGGGCCGCACCAUCUAAUGAUUUUAUCUUUUAUAGAGAACAUUGAACUGAAAUGGGAAAAGGUGGUUUUCUGACAUGUAAAGUAGAUACAUGGUACUGCGGGGGGUAUUUAUAAUAAUGGCUUCUUAAAUGGUAAUGAUGAAGGACCCAUAUGACUCAGCUUUAAAAUGUAAUGAUUUAUAUAAACUUUAUUAAAUAAAACAGUUUACCCUG